UGUGUCUACACAGUUCUCUGAAGCGUCUUUAUUCGUCGCCAGCAUUUGUACGUCAUUCUGAGUCUAGUUUUACUUGGAGAGCAAUGCAGCCUGGGUGGGUGAGUGUUUGCUCAGCAAUGACACCGCCAGAUCAACGAACCAUCGUCCGUGAACCAGAAACGAAACCGACCGAAGAAGUAACAUCGGAGGGCUACGUAACUCCACCUUCCAGCAUCAACGUUGUUCCUCAACGGAAGAUGCGCGGAAAUGCAACAGUGACGUCGUCCGAGGACAUGUACUCUGCUACGGAAUUUCUCUCGGUUGGCGUUUCACAAAGCGGUCACAAGUUGAAGGUGUACAUCCUAUUCGUGGUGUUGUUCACUGCAGCCGUGCUCAUAGGCUUGGCCACACUGUUCCCGUACAUGCUAGCUUCUACCAGCGUCAACUGGAAGUCCAGUCACAAUUCCUCAACAACUACCUACUCUCUGGAAACGCUGCGUGAUCUGGGAAUGAACAAAGGACAUGAUUUGGCUGGCACGGAAUCUUCAGUCAAGAACACUCGGAGACCCUUUCGUGAUGCACCAACAAACAGCGAGACCAAGCCAAAUGAGGGAAAUUCUAGCAAUGAGUGUGCAAAGAUACCCUGCCUUCACGAAGCCCGUUACCUGCGCGUCCAACCGAAGGGUUUUCUGAGCUUCCAAGUGGAGCCGUGCAAUGACUUCUAUGGAUUUGUGUGCACCGAGGACAUGCUCAACUUGUCCCACCCUGACGCGCUACCGUACAGAUACAUCAGCGUCAACCACGUCUACCGUGCAGCUAUACAACACACACACGAUAUGCUCGGCAUGAUCGACAACGUGGAUACAGCACUGUCCCAAGUCAUGCUCUUCAUCAAGAACUGCACCAGCGUCCAGGACCGCCUCGUAUCGCAGAAGGAUGCCUUUCUUGACGUGCUUUCCAUGGUUGACCUGGAAGCCUUUCCAUACCUGAUCAACGAGAAGCUGACUUCGCCCAUGCUGGAUGAGGCGUACGGAGCAACGGUCAGAUUUCUCGACGUCGCCCCCUUCUUCCGCGUCAAAAUCGUGGACAAUACGCGUGGGUUUGGCAACAUUGUGCUGCUGACGAGUGCUACUGAAGACGCAGCGUCCAUCGUGGGUCAGUUAUCGCUUCACGUGGACAACCUACUGACGACCUGGUGGAAGCUCCGUGACCUACUGCCCGUCCUCUACUCUCAGCCCGACCGAGAUAUCGAGGCUAUGCUCAACAUAUUCAGGGAAGUUGCUCGGCUGUCUGCCCAACACGCUACAAGUUCAACGAGCAUCGUCAGGCUGAAAGACCUCCCAGCUGGCAACCACUGGGAUUGGCAGCGAACUUUGAACGCCAUUUUUGCGAACGUCACUACGUUUACGGACUACAGCCCUGUUCUGGUGGAUAGCCCGGACUACUUCAAUGACCUCGCACAGCUCAUAGAUCAGUACCAAGUUCGCCACCUUCUCAACUAUUUGGGCCUGUGCAUUGCCAGUCAGUACCGUCUGUUCUUCUCUGACCGCUAUUCGAGUGACGCCAGCCUACCUGGAGCCUCCUAUCUGAACAACGUCACGACCCGGAGGGAGCAGCUGUGCCUGAGGCACGCUGAACGCGUCUGUCCUGCCGGCGUGGAUGCCCUCCUGCUACAGUCCUUCGCUGCCGGGUCUUUCACGAGAAAGGAACUGAUCGAGGAACUCAACUGGUGGAUUCCUAUGUUUAAGGCAGCAGUUCUUGAGGUGGUGCCCAAGUUGCAGUGGCUAAACAUGAAACAGAUGCUCCAGCUGCAAGAUCUGAUAGUAGCUAUGAAAGUGGAUCUGGCCUUCUGGGAUGGGAGCCGGCUCCAAUCCGAGGACUUGAGUUCCGUUCGGUGCGAUUACGAUCGCAGUCUUUACCAGAAACAUCCGCUGCUUCACUUUGUGUCUGCUUCUCAGCCACGUCUGCGACGUUACUUCAACAGUCUCACCUCCGAGGUCCCCUCUUCGAGGUCUCCAAGGGGGAGCAGCUUCGAUUAUGAUAUAGUCUAUCGAGGAGAACAACGUACAAUAUUUGUUCCUAUGAGCUAUUUCGGUCAGAUACUGAGGUCACCUCCUGGACAUAGGAAGUUGUACGUGGUGAAGCUUCUUCCUGAUCUGAUACGUGCCGUCAUAAGUGUCAUGCUUGCCAACACAAGCGAUGCUCAUAGCGGAGGCCAUUUCUCCAAGAUAAAGGAGUGCGUCGCUUCCUCUUACAAGGGACAUGCGCUGCACUUUCGAUACGAGACUUUUCUGCACGGGCCAGUGGACUUCUUCAGAGACCUUCUGUCAGACCACUUAGCUAUUGAACCCUACAUAAAGCUCUUCAUGCAGAUCAGCAAAAGCCGAAACUUCCUGUCUGGAUUUGAACCUUACAACAAUUACCACGUCGCUUUCCUGCUCUACGCUGAAAGUGAUUGUCGUCGUUACACGCCGUCGUUCAACCGGCAUCAACAGGACACAUUCCACCUGUCUCCAAUGAGCAGAUUGAACGGCGCCUUGUCCCGAUGGCUUCCGUUUGGCGCUCAGUUCCAGUGUCCCGAGGAUAGCCCAAUGCGAAAGGAUGCCUGUCCUUGGCACCACAGAGGGAAUACACCUCUUCCCAUUGCAACGCUCACAAACCCUAUCUAUAACAAUCACUAAUCAUUUUACGAUAACGCAUGCAGCCACUACAGAACUUACUGUGAGUGACUAGCGUAUCGCGAUAGGAGCACCGCCUACGAGGGCAGCGAUAAAACCAAUCUGAGUGGUCUAUAUAUCGAUUAGGCCAAAGGAAACUACCGCAUAUAAAGUCAGUCAUUUCUUUCUGUGCGUAGACGUAAGUUAUAUUGAGUGAGUGAGUGCUGGUUCCCUAUUGUGUCGUAUUCACAUGUUCUCACAGGAAGCGGCAACACGCUCUCGGUAAUCUUAAAUGAAGUCGCUAAUUAGUGUACGCCGGCCACUUUGAGAGACGUUCAGUAGGAAGAGGAAUGGGACCGACAAAGGAUCUCGAGAAAUAAAGAACGUCACA